AUGAAUUGUCGGGCUGGUAUCCAAUCAUAUCAUGGAGGUCCAGGUGGAAUAACAAGAGUAGGUCAAGCAGAUUACUUGGAGUUGACGCAUCCUUCAAAAAAGGACACACUAACUAUGCAUAGAGGCCUCUUGACUCUAGGUUUCCCCAACAGUGUGCACGCGAAAACUGUUUAUCCUUUUAUUAUUGACGUUCGGUCACUCAUUUUUAGCCCCUUCUUUAGUCUUGCAUUUAGCUACAUGGAAACCCCACUGUUCCUGAUAUUGCUUUACACAUUAAGAGGACAUUCCUUGAUCUUUGAGCACUGUGGAAUAGAAAUUGAUGUACAGAUAUUUUUACAGAGUGGCCACGUCAGAAUUCUUCAAAGGAAAGAAAACAAUUUUUACAAUAAUAAGACCUAUUUUGCUGGAAGUCUUGAUAUAAUGUUUACUCUGAAUGCAAAUGAACCAGAAGAUUUAUCAAUACUAGCGUGUGGUUUGCAACAUUUUGCUUCGUUUUCGGAACAAAAACCAUCAUCAAUUGGGUUUGAAUGUAAUUACAAUCUCCAGUCCUUCUUCAGUGUUAUUCUCGAGCGAUGUAAGAAACAGCAACUGCCACUUCAACAUAGUAUGCUUCCAAGCAGUAAACAGCUCGAAUACGUUAUCCACAAGGCUAUCCUUGAGUGUCUACCAACUAAAAACUGCAAUUUGACAGUGCAAGACAUUGGAACUGUAUUGUUUAGAGUAGGUUGUUCUCUGUUAAAGUCAUUUUUGUCUUCAAUAAGAAAUUUAUUGGAAACAGUUACACCGACAGCUCAGUGCAUACAAAGGCAGCAUGGUCUUUUGGAAAUAAUUUAUUGUCUUCCUUAG